CUCCUCCCCUCGCCGUCUCCCUUGUCUCCCUCCUUCCUUGCUCGCUGCACCCGCCAACUUGGUCGAGGAAACAGACCUCCGCAGGUCGGAUUUGGCGCUGGGCAGCGCUGGGUCAUUCGUGUCACUCUCAUCGGUCUUCGUUCUCCUUGGCUUUCUCAUACAGCAUCUUCUCUGGCGGUACUGCGCGCGGGCAUUCCCCUCACAGUCCUUUCUAAUGUACUCCCACCACCACAUAUGCUGGCUUCUGGUCGUCCUGCUUGCUGGCUUCCAUUCGGCCUCAGCACUCAGUGCUCCCGCCCGGCCAUUGAGGCGACUAUCACACCCUUCGACGCUGUCAAUAGAUAUCCUACCUCGACGGCAAUCUCCACCCAUCCUUGGAAAGCGCUCUCUCCCAAUAGACUCACCUGUCCUCCACCACACCGACUCCUUCCGUCUCACCCUCACCGCGUUCGAUGAAACCUUUUACAUCCACCUCCGCCCAAAUGACCAUCUCAUCCACCCCGCCGCCCGCGUAAACUACUACAAGACCGGGCCCGAUGGCCAGUCCGUGCUCACUCGCACAGAGCCCAUCCUCCGCGAAUCAGUGAAGGCCUACUGGGGCGAAGUCAUCCCCGCGCACGUCUCGCCCGACCGCCUCCGCGAGGACACCGCAGGGGUCAUCCCCCGCCCGUCCGGGAUCUAUGAGCUCGGCUGGGCGCGCAUCACCGUGUACGACCAGGGCGAUGCGGACGCAGGGCGGCCCCCAGUAUUCGAGGGCGCGUUCUCCGUGAAUGGAGUGACGCACCACGUGCAGACCAAGGCGAACUACCUCCGUAACAAGCACGCGCUCGACCCGCACAUCGAGCUCGACGAUGCGCAUCCAGACGCGAACCUCGUCAUCUGGCGCGACUCGGACGUGAUGAGCAAGCACGAGCAUGAGCGGAUCCUGGGACUCGAUGUCAGCUCGCCGAAGGCGCAUGGUCAUGGCGAGACGUGUGGGCACGAUCGGAUGGACUUCAAUACGGACCCGCUGCAGAACGAGGCGAUCAGGAAGGUCCCCCCUCCACCGUAUACGCCAUGGUACGACGCGUUCGGGUUCUUGCACUCUGCGACGAACUUCUCGAAGCGCGACGAUGUCGCUGGCGGCGGGAUGGGUAUCGACUUCUCGGGUUACAUUGGCCAGACUGCCGGCUGCCCGACGUCGCAGAAAAUCGUAUAUAUGGGCGUCGCUGCGGACUGCGAGUACACCAGUAAGUAUGGCUCGACGGGGAACGCGACUCGGGCUAUCAUCACCAACUGGAACACCGCGAGCGCACUCUACAAGACGACCUUCCAAGUCAGCCUGGGCAUUGUUGAGCUGCAAGUGCAUGAGCCAGAAUGCCCUUCCACCGCAACCUCUGAUGCACCUUGGAACGUUGCGUGUUCGGAGUCCGUCACUCUGAACGACCGGCUCUCCAUCUUCUCUGGCUGGCGAGGCCAGAAGGGCAAUGACGGUGCUGGCCUCUGGCAUCUCAUGAGCGGCUGCCCGACCGGCUCCGAGGUCGGGAUCGCCUGGCUUGCGACGCUCUGUCAGCAGACGUCCUCAGGCUCUUCGCCCUCGAUCGUGUCCGGUACCGCGGUGUCCACGUCUGGGCGUACCGAAUGGCAGGUUAUUGCACAUGAAAUCGGGCAUAACUUCGGCGCUAUCCAUGAUUGCGCGGACGGAUGCUCCUGCAGCAAUGGGUGUGAGACAGACUCGGUCAAUUGCUGUCCUCUGUCGACGACGACGUGUGACGCUAACUCGCAGUACAUCAUGAGCCCCGUUGCGGAGACAGGAGAGAUGCAGUUCUCCCCUUGCAGUAUCGGCAACAUCUGCUCCCUCAUGUCCGGAGCUGCAGGCGGGCACACAAACACCACCUGCCUCAUCGAUCCUAACGCGAUGGCCUCACUCACGACGUCCAAGCCGGUCAUCACGCUACAGAUGUGCGGCAACGGCAUCGUCGAGUCGGGCGAGGACUGCGACCCCGGUCUCGGCUCCAAUUCCACCUGCUGCGACGCGUCGACGUGCAAGUUCAAGAAAGGCGCCGUGUGCGAUCCAGACUCGUCCCAGUGCUGCACCGACUCGUGCACUUUUGCACCGAGCACGCAGGUGUGUCGGCCGGCCAAGGACGCUACGUGCGACACGGCGGAGAUGUGCACAGGCUCGAGCGCGACGUGUCCCCCAGACGUGUUUGCGUCGAACGGGAAGAGCUGCGGGUCAAAUGGGCUGGCGUGUGCGAGCGGGCAGUGUACUUCUCUCUCUCAGCAAUGCCAACUCGUCGGCGCGUCCAUGGGUCUCAGCAAGGCGUGCCCCAGCAAUGACGACAAGUCGUGCCAGGUCUCGUGUCAGGAUCCGAACAACUCGAACCAGUGUGUCGUCCUUCAGUCGGCACUGAUUGAUGGCUCGCCUUGUGGCUACGGCGGAACGUGCAUAUCCGGGAACUGCAAACCUGGAAGCUGGCAGAAUUUCUUUAAGUCAUGGUACACCCACAACCUCCAGAUUUCCAUCCCGGUGACGGUCAUUGUGGGCCUCAUCGUGCUCCUCAUCCUCUAUGCCAUCGCUCGUUGUAUCAUGCGGUCGCGCCGCUCGAAGCCAGCCAGAACCGCCCAGAGGAUACCGAGCUACCCGGGCCCUCCUCCGAUGAACUUCGCCCCAUCGGCAAUGGUCCGCCAGAACUCCAGUUCGACUCCCAUGUACGGACCGAACGUACCUGUCUCCGUGGCAGCGGCCGGUGGUGGUGGCGCCGCGGCCGCGGUUGCGCCCCGGCAAAGCAGCAGAUCCUCUCGCUCGCAGCACUCUAGCGGCUCGGUAGCUCUUCAAGGUCAACAGCGGCCUGGCCGCACAAGCCAUUCAAGCCGCUCUAGCGCAGGGAGCGGAGGUCCCGCCGGCCCUGCGCCCGCACGUCGAACGUCUGGCGGCAGCAACAGCGUCGUCUCCGGCGGUGCCAGGCAAUCACGCCAGGGCAGUGGGCACUACGCACCGGCGUUCCCUAUCGAGCCCAUUCGGAACAGUCGCAUGGACUGGGUGGACGAUACGGUGUACAACGGUCCUGCGCAUGGGCGGAGAUAGGAUUCAUAGGUGGGCUAGGCGUUGAUGUUGGACCGCGUUGUUGUUGUCGUUUUUCGUUCGUGUCGUCGGGCCGCUUCGCUUUGCUGGCGAAUCAAGUAGUCGUUUGGAGCUUUUGCUCGUCAGUCAUCCCAGGACUUGUAUUUUUAUUGUCAACCAGAACGAGGAAGCAAAGUAGGUGUGAUCAUGGCGCACUGUUCGCGAAGCAUUGAAUGCUACGUGAACCUCCG